UCAGUUGUUUGCUUUUCGCCUUCGUUUCGUUCGCUUGAAUUCGCUCGCCAGUGCGCGUCCGUAUGUUAUUAUCGCAAUUUACUUACAUUUUAAUAUCAUAAUUGAACACGACAAAAAAAGCGGAAUAUAUUAAAAAUACGUGGUUUUAAUGGUUUACUGUGGGUGAAGUUGCUGUUAAAGGUCGCAAUCGGAAGUAUAACUUCUUUGCCCCUCCCUAUAAAUGCGAACGCGUGUAUGCAUGUGCGAAAAAUCAGGUUACGGGACUUCCUCCGCUUCCACUGAAUUUGCGUUGCGUUGAAUUUUUGUUGCUAUAUUUGUUUUAUUGACGUUUAUGUGCUCGUGCGAUCGCUAAAAGUGCAUUUACAUAUAUUUUUUCAAUCGUGGAGAAAGUGAUAACGUCAGUGUAAAACCGAAAACAUAAAGAAAAUUCUGCUGAAAUCCGCUUUAGCCAUACAGUAACAUAUCUCGGCAGCGUCCACCAGCGAUUUUGAACUUAUUGUGACUGAAAAACAAGAAACUCCAAUAUGUCCGCAGCAGUCGCGUCGGCACCGACAACAGCAACAACGACAACAGCAACCAAAUCUGUAAACAAGGCAACAACGUCAAAAACCAAUAAUAAUAACAACAACAAUAAUAAUAAUAAUACAAUUAAAACAACAACAAAAGUUGCAAGUUCUAGCGGCGAUACGACGAGCAAAGCAAACAAAAACGUUGCAGCAAACAAAAGCAACACAACAAACGCCAACAAUGAUGACAACAAUAACAAUGGCAAGCAACAACGCCUAAAAUACAUAGCGAAUGUAGUGCGCGCCUUAGUGACAUCACGCAAACCGCCGUGCAAACUACGCGAGGUACUCAACGAGUAUCCAGAAAUCGAAGGUGAACCAUUGAAUUUUCGCAAACUUGGCUAUACAUCAGCUAAAGAUCUGCUGAAGGCGACAGGCGAAUUUAGUUUUAUGCAAUAUGGUGAAGAGACAUACAUAGAUGCCGUGCCUAGCCAGAAGUCGGCGCACAUCUCGUCUAUGGUGAGACAGCAAAAGUCUAGCAAAUCGACACGCAUCACAGCCGCACCACAAGUGAGACAACCGAAACGCUCCGAUCAGAGUUGGAACAAGAGCAGCUAUUCGUCAAACGUCUUCCAGCGUUUGCCGGCGACGGGUCAGCAUCAGCAGCAGCAACAACAGCAGCGUUGGCGUAGUAAUGUGAACACCAACGCAGCAGGGGCUGGUGAUCGCAACAACAACAAUAGUCAACAGCAAAACAAUAACAAUCGCACAAGCAGUGCGAGUGGGCAGCAACAACAACAACAUAAAGAUAAAUCGCAACAACAAAAACCAACACAGCCACAAGCAAAGACACAGACGCAACAGCAAAAGGCAACAAAACCACCACAACAACAACAACAAGCACAGAAAUCUCAACAGCAACAAGCGCCUUUGCAGCGUCAAAAGUCGCUCGGCGCAACGACGACGAGUAAGAGCGCAGGCGUUGGCGAGAAGAAAGAUCUACGCGAAAUGUUGAACGCAAAGGCCGCGCAACAGCAGCAAUCGAAUGGUGGUGGUGGUGGUGGGGCCGCCAACAAUGGCAACAAGGCGGCUGGCGAGACUGAUUUACGCGAACGUUUGAAUGCCAAGCGCCAACAACAGCAACAACAGCAACAGCAGCAACAACAACAAAAACAGCAGCCAGCUGCUGAACAGCAAAAAUCAACGCCGCGUCCCAUUCUAGGGCAGAACAACAAUUCGGCAAUCGCAAUUGCUUCGACAUUGAUAUUGGCGCAGCGUGAGCAAAAAAUGCAGGAGCAGCAUCAGCAACAGCGCGCCCAGCUGUUGGCCGCGCAACACUUACGACAGCAGCAGCAGCAGCAGCAACAACAACAACAACAGCAGCUGAUACAGCAAAAUCUGCUGCAGCAACAACAAUUGCAGAAGCAGGCACAGCAACAGCUGCAGGCUCAACAACAGCUGCAAGCGCAACAACAGCAAACGCAGACGCGUCAAGUAAUGGCUGCCGGCGUUGCCAAACCGGGCGUUGGCAUCGGUUCGGUGCAGGAUCGCUUACGUAUACGCAUCAGUAAUAAUAAUAAUCAGAACGGUAACGGUUUUGGCGCGUCCACAAAUGGCAGCAGCACACCUGAAACGUCACCGGCGCUAUCCUCCACAGGUUCUGACAAACUGGUGACGGCGACGAACUCAUUUGUCGCCUCGGCGGCUAUGCAGCAGCUGCAGCUGCAACAGCAGCCACAAUUCCAUAAACAGCGCUACAUCGUCAAACAGCAGCAGAUGCAACAACAACAACAACAGCAGCAGCAGUUUGGCGAGGCCAACGGUCAGCACGUCAUACCGCCACGCGUUUUCCAAUUCAACCCCAAACUCGACCCGAUCACAUCGCUAACGCAAUACUGUGUGGUGCGUCGUUAUGCGCCGCCAGCAUUCAGCGCUAUACGCUCGAAAUUUACACGUCUCUAUCAGUGUCGUGUCAAUGUGAAUGGCACCAUCUUCUCCACAUACCCCAACGAAUAUUUACACGAGCAUGUCGCUCAAAUCUCAUGCGCCCAAAAGGCUAUUGAACAAUUGAAGCUGCAAGAGUCGCGACGUCCGUUACCCCUAUUCUCGGAUGGCGAUACCGAUCUUAUUGACAAACUCUACAAUGAAUUGCAACAACAUCCACAUGGUAUAUUCGCCAAAAACAUACCGGAGAUAUUCGAGGAAGCGUACAAACAGUCAUUGCCGGAACACUGGUGGACGUUGGUGCAGACGUCACCGAAAUUCACCACCGAAUCGGCGACCAAUAAUGCUGUGAUUGUCUUUGCCAACGAGGAGGCGGAUAAGGAAAAGGCUGGCAGCAGCGGUGCGAUCAUACAAAUGGAUGGCAUUGCUCUACCGUGGAAACAAAAAUAUUGGCAGUUGUACAUCACAUAUUGCGCCUCAACAAUUGAUGUGUGGGCACGCCUCUUCGGCAAGGAGUACAGCGAACGCUUUGAUAGCGUUAUGAGCGAAAUCGAUACGCAUAUGUCAACGCAAAAGACGCGUCCAUUAUCGCUGGCAUGCAAAAAUAUCUAUUUGGUGUGCAUCAAUGACUGCUGGCAUCGUGUGCGCGUCGAAGAGCUGGACAAACCGAAUGCAACGGCGCGUUGCUUCUUCAUCGACUACGGCGAUAGUGAUUGGGUGGCUGUGAGUGAAUUAUAUAUAUGUGAGGCACAAUUCUUGCGUUUGCCCGCGCAAGCUGUGCCCUUGUCGCUGUUCGGUUUGGAGGAUUUCGCUGGCAAUCCGAAUGCGCGACGGCACUUGGAUGCGAUGCUGUCAAGCAAAUCAGUAGUGAGUGAGAUUUUGACAAAGGAGAGCGACUUCUACAAUACGGAAUCGAGCGCUUGUGGUAAAAUACAAGUGGUAUUGUAUGAUACCUCAACCGAAGAGGAUGUGAAUCUGAAUCCAUUGCUGUUGAGCAAGAUUUGUGAUGAUACACCGCCGCCGGAAAUAAAACACAAAGGCGCCACCAAUGUGCUGGUCUCACAUAUAAGCGAUGAGGGUGAUCUAUAUUUGCAGAUACUCAACACUGACUUCAAAUAUGUACAGAAACUAAUUCAACAACUCAUCGAAUCGAAAUUCAAACGCGAUCAACACAAGAUCACUGCUACCGAUCUGAAACGUUCCAAUCUCUUCUUAAUAUGUGACGACAGCAAUGACGGCGAGACACAGUGGUAUCGUGGCGCACUCGCCGACAUGCCGAGCUAUCGCGUCGAGGAUGAAGAAUUCGAUAUAUUAUAUGUUGACUAUGGCAUAACACGUCGCACGCACAUUUCGAACAUUUUCCGUUUGGAGUCGCUGAGUACAGCGUUGAGCAAAUUCCCAAGACAAGCGAUACGCGCACGUCUGCACAACAUACCGCCAAUCAACAAGAGCAUUGUUGGGCGCAUGCGCGCAUUACUGCCAGCCAAUUGCGCCGCUUUUGUGAAAAUGAAUAAACCCGGCAAAUUGCCAUAUGUCACCAUCUAUCGUCGUCAUGAAAGCUCUGAUAUGCUGUGCAAUAUAAACGAGGAUAUACGCAUGGAAGCCGAAUUGGAAUGUUCUACGGCUUCGAAUGGCGAGGACGACGAUGCGCCCAUCAAUGGCAAACACUUUGGUCUGGCUAAAAAUGGCAGUGCUGGUAGCUUAAAUUCGCCAACGACACAACAAACAUUUGUGGAAAUGACGCGUGGUCUAACACUCACUUCUUCAGUGCCAAAUUCACCACAAAAAGUGGCUGAGCUGCCAAAACUACAAAAUUACACUGCUAUUCCAAGUGAUCCAAAUGAUUUUCUGGAAGUGCGUGUCACUAUGUCAGCGAAUCCUUCCAAUUUUACGAUUCAACCCUACAAAGACUAUCCCCGCCUUCGUGAUCUCAUGAAGGAGCUGCAGGAGUACUGUGAAAAUAAUGAUGAAUUCAUACCGGCUGAUAUGGUGGAAAUAGGACAGGCCUAUGCGGCCAAAAAUCCGGAUGGUUUCUAUCAUCGUGUUGUUGUAGUGAAUACCUAUAAUGGUGAUAUGAUACACGUUUGUUUCUGUGAUUUCGGUGAUAUCGCAAUUUUGCGCAGCGACCAAUUGAAAAUAUUACCGGCGAAGUACCGUCAAUUACCGAAAAUGUCGAUACAAGCUAAAUUGCAUGGCAUAACGGCCACGCAUGGCGACUGGAGUCUGGAAGAUUGUCUACGCUUCCGUCAGCUAACAGUCGGCCAAAAGUUCGUAGCAUCCAUAAAACGUAUUACAUAUGAUAAGUUGGGCGCACCUGACACACCAAUACUCGACUUGGAAUUGAUUGAUGUGACCACAGAUGAAGACGUCUAUAUACAUGAAAUUUUGUUGCAGGAGCAACGUGCUAUUGCCAACGACAAAGCAGCGUCUAACUAAACAUGUCACUGGACACUCAAAUCAACUCAAGAGAAAAACGAAAAGAGAGAGUUCAUAUUUCUUAAAUAUAACGUAGUUUUUAGUGUAGGUUAGUGCAGAGUUUCUUUUCUUUUGAAGGCAAGCGUUGAAGCAAUUUAUUUAGGCUUUUUGUACUAUCAUAAAUGUUUGAAACAUUUUCUCCAAAUUAUCUUAUUAUGCAAAAAUUACGUUAAUUUGUUACUAAAACGAAGUAGUGGCAGUCGUUAAAAUGAAGGCAGGAUACGUGAUUAGUGGAAAAAAUAUUAUUGGCGUUGCUAAUAAUUCAAACUAACGUAUAAUCAUAUGCAUGAUGCGCUUCGUUUCAUGUGUCUUUAUUUUUUGACCAUUUUCCAUUGCGUUGCAGCAUUUCUUUUUCUUCUUUUAAUCGUUAAAUUUGAUCACUUGAACUCAUUUGAAAAAGCAUCAAAUUCACGUUUAUAUUCAUUAGAGCGCAAGAAUCACAUUCCGUGCAUUAUUUUUCACUCACGAUUCUCACAACGCGUUGACAUUUUCGCAAAGCUUAGCGUUUUAGUCGUUUGCACUUCUCAAGCAUUGUAUGAAAGUUACUAACAGAAUUAUAUAUUUUGUUAUUUUAUAAAUUGAAUUGAUAUUAUUACUAAACGACAGGUUAACUCUUCGGCAUAUAUGCGUGAUUUUUGUAAGCAUAUGAAGAUGGAUCACUUGGUAAAAAUACUUAUUAUAUAACAUUAUUAUUUUCCUUUUUAUUUUAAAUGUUUAAAACGAAAUGUAGUUAUAUAAGUUAUUUAUGCUAUUUUGUGUAAUAUUCGUAUUACUGCAAGUUGAAAAAUGAAAUGGUUAAAAUGUGUAAAAAACGAGUAAUUUAUAAAAAAGUUUUUAACAUUUUAGAAAUGAGAGCGUAGUUGGCGCAAAAAAAAAGAGUUGUUUAUACCAACUUCCCUUCCCCUACUAUUGCCAAAAUAAUACUAUGAAAUUGCGAUUUAGUAAAUACUGUUAAUUGAUUUUUUAUUGUUUCAAGCAGACGAAACAGAAAAUUUAUGACAAAAGCUACGAUUUAGCUAUAAACAGAGAUAAGCAAAUCUUGAACGAAAAAUAAGCAAAACUUGAUGUUGAAAAAAAAUACGAAAAGCUAAUAAAGUGAAAUGGAAGUACCAUUGAAAAAAAAUCAUAAUUCCUAAAAAUGUAAAAAAAAACAUGAAAUAACUUUAUGCAAAAAGAAAUAUCCAAAUAAUUAUACCAUAUAUUAAUUAGACUGUUAAUUUCUCGUUGACAGCGGCGAA